UGUGCGUGCGCGAGAGAGUUGUGCGGUCGUGCUGGUGCCCGUGCGUGCGCGUGCGAGAACCGCCGAGAGAGAAAAAAUGUCCGUACGACGUCGUCGUCGUUCAUGACCAGCAGCUGCCUCCUUUCUUUUGUCUCGUCGCCGCCGCCGCCGCCGCCGUCUCCGACCCUACCGCGCGCGCGUGUGCGGGAGAGCGAGUCCGUACGGAGUGGUAGUGCAGAGUAGUCGCCGUACUAGUGGUAUAGUACACCGUACACGGUACGUGCGUGUGUGCGAGAACGACAUCGUAGUCGUCGGUGAUUGCGUGUGUGUGUGUACAAGCGUUCGCUCGCCGUCGUCGACGUCGCUGCCGCCGCCGCCGCCGCCGUCGCCGCCGCCGCGUUCGCGUAUGCACACAUACGUUUCAUACGCACAUUAAUAAUACAAUUACACAUAUAUUAUGCACGCACGUACUCCAAAUAUUAUUAUUGCAUCUGUACUACGUUAAGUAUUUUAUAUUAUUCAUAAAUAAUCGUAAAAAUAAAUAGUAUUAUUGUCGAGAGUCGGAGCGCGCCGUGUUCGUUGUACGUGUGCGCGUGUGUGCGUGUACAUAUUAUAAUAUUAUAUACAUACAUGUGUGUGAUAUUGUGUACGUGUGCUCGCGCGGUGUCCGUAUGUGUUCGUCGUUGGUAUCGCGAGCGCGUAUAAAUAAUAUAUAAUUAAUAAUAAUAGUAAUAAUUUUUAUAAUAAUAAUAUUUUUAUAGUAAAUUUUAUUUUUGUUUCUUUUGUGUCUCGGUACUGCCGCUGUACACUCAUCUAGGCGUAUUGUGUAUUAAAUUCUUUAUUUCUUUCUUCUCCCCAUUUCGUUGUAAUACCGUAUAAUUAAUCGAUUUCGUUGUCUGGUUGUCCGCGACUCGUUUUAAAAAUUGUACGAAAAACGUCCUCAAAGAGAAUGCCUAGCGCAUCGUUCAGCGCGACCCGUUCGUAUACGCGGAGGACGAGAAGAAAAGGCACCAACCGGCUGCCCAUACCAUCCAGGACGUCGAAUUCCGGUGGUAUAGUAGAAGCUGGAGUAACAUGUGAACCAUUAGUUGCUGCAAGUGGUAGUUAUGCAACUCCUGGAGGCGCAAGUACUAGUACUAGCUUCCAACAUGUGCCACCUUACGAUUUACGUGGUCGAAAAUCACCUUUACACUUACACGAUGCUAGUACAGCUGGAUUUAAUGCUACAGCUCCAAUUCAUCCAACUGCCACACGCCCUACAUCUCCUACAGCAUCAGCUACUGCAUCGGUAUUGCAGUCGGCUGCUAUACCUCCUUUAUCUCAGCCUGCUCGUAAACGCCUUAGAAGAAACACCUCAUGUACAAUUACUAGUUCUGACAAUUCAAAUUCAGCCGCUCAUUACUUGCAAUGUGAACUGCCAGAUGAAGUCAUGUUGACCAUAUUCAGUUAUUUAUAUGAACAAGAUCUAUGUAGAAUAGCUCAAGUUUGUAAGCGAUUUCAAGCUAUAGCCAAUGAUAACAAUCUGUGGAAAAGAUUAUAUCAGAGUGUAUUUGAGUAUGACACACCACUGUUUCAUACAGAAAAUUGUCGUUUUGAUUUUAUUCCAUUUGAAGAAAGUGAACACCAUAAUCCAUGGAAAGAAAGUUUUAGGCAGCUAAAAAAACGAUGUUUACAUGUUAGACCACAUUAUAAUGGUACUGCUAAAGAUCCAGUUAGGCGGAUGCCACAUUUUGACACAAUUCAAGCAGCUUUAGAUCAUGCUGAUGAACAUCUAAAUGGUGGUGCAAAAAUAUUUUUACACCCAGGAACUUAUCGAGGUGAAUUUUUGGUAAUCGAUUCAGAUGUUACAUUAAUUGGAGCUGCUUCUGGUGUAGUUGCUGAUGCAGUGAUUCUUGAAAGAGAAACUGAAUCAACUGUAAUGUUUGUUGAGGGUGCCAAAAAUGCUUAUAUGGGGCACGUCACAUUGAAAUUUACUCCUAAUGUUACAUCUACAGUCCCACAUCACAAACAUUUUUGUUUAGAAGUUGGUGAAAAUUGUUCACCAACAAUUGAUCAUUGUAUUAUUAGAAGUUCGUCAGUUGUGGGAGCUGCUGUAUGUGUAAGUGGAGCUGGUGCAAACCCUAGGAUACACCAUUGUGAUGUUAGUGACUGUGAAAAUGUUGGUAUAUAUGUAACUGAUCAUGCUCAAGGAACAUUUGAAGAUAACGAAAUUUGCCGAAAUGCUUUAGCUGGUGUUUGGGUUAAAAACCAUGCUAAUCCUGUGAUGCGUCGCAAUCAUAUACAUCAUGGAAGAGAUGUGGGCAUUUUCACAUUUGAUAAUGGAUUGGGAUUUUUUGAAGCGAAUGAUAUACACAAUAACCGUAUUGCUGGUUUUGAGGUAAAAGCUGGAGCAAAUCCAUCUGUUGUUCAAUGUGAAAUUCAUCAUGGUCAGACUGGAGGAAUUUAUGUCCAUGAAAAUGGUCUUGGUCAGUUUAUUGAUAAUCGAAUUCAUAGUAAUAAUUUUGCUGGAGUAUGGAUCACUUCUAACAGCAAUCCAACUAUACGACGUAAUGAUAUUUAUAAUGGACAUCAAGGUGGAGUAUAUAUAUUUGGUGAAGGCAGAGGAUUGAUUGAACAUAACAAUAUAUAUGGUAAUGCAUUAGCUGGUAUUCAAAUUCGUACCAAUAGUGAUCCUAUUGUUAGGCAUAACAAAAUUCAUCAUGGUCAACAUGGUGGAAUAUAUGUACAUGAAAAAGGCGCAGGACUUGUUGAAGAAAAUGAGGUAUAUGCAAACACAUUAGCUGGUGUUUGGAUCACUACAGGUAGUACUCCAGUCUUGCGCCGAAACCGAAUACAUUCUGGUAAACAAGUGGGCGUAUAUUUCUAUGAUAAUGGACAUGGCAAACUUGAAGACAAUGACAUAUUUAAUCAUUUAUAUUCUGGUGUACAAAUAAGAACUGGCAGUAAUCCAAUAAUUAAAGGUAAUAAAAUUUGGGGUGGUCAGAAUGGUGGAGUUUUAGUCUAUAACGGUGGAUUAGGAGUAUUGGAACAAAACGAAAUAUUUGAUAAUGCAAUGGCUGGUGUUUGGAUUAAAACAGACUCUAAUCCUACACUAAAACGAAAUAAAAUCUAUGAUGGUAGAGAUGGAGGAAUUUGUAUAUUCAACGGUGGAAAAGGUAAUUUAGAAGAAAAUGAAAUAUUUAGAAAUGCUCAAGCUGGUGUUUUAAUAUCAACUCAAAGCCAUCCUACAUUGAGGCGUAAUAGGAUAUUUGAUGGUUUAGCUGCUGGUGUUGAAAUUACUAAUAAUGCAACAGCCACUUUAGAUAGUAAUCAAAUAUUUAAUAAUCGUUUUGGAGGACUCUGCUUAGCCAGUGGUGUACAACCUAUUGUUAGAUGCAAUAAAAUUUAUAGUAACCAAGAUGCUGUUGAAAAAGCAGUAUGCAAUGGUCAAUGUUUAUAUAAAAUAUCCUCUUACACGUCAUUCCCUAUGCAUGAUUUUUACCGUUGUCAGACUUGCAACACGACUGAUAGAAAUGCAAUUUGUGUUAAUUGUAUUAAAACGUGCCAUGCUGGACAUGAUGUCGAAUUCAUUAGGCAUGACAGAUUCUUUUGUGAUUGUGGAGCUGGUACAUUAAACAAUCAAUGUCAGUUACAAGGUGAGCCAACACAGGACACGGAUACACUGUAUGACUCAGCAGCACCUAUAGAAUCACAUACCCUAAUGGUUAAUUAAAAUAUAAAGAAAAUAUUUGAAGUAAUAAACAAUUAA